AUGACUUCUAGAUCCAAUGACUUUCCUAUGCAGGUGGCGGCUAAAGUCCGAUUAAAAAUGCCACCAGUUCUGGAAGAGCGAGCGCCAAUAAAUGACGUGUUAGCUGAAGAUAAGAUUUUGGAAGGAACAGAAACAGCCAAAUACGUGUUUACUGAUAUAUCAUAUAGCAUACCACACCGGGAGCGUUUUAUUGUCGUCAGAGAACCAAGUGGCACACUACGCAAAGCCUCUUGGGAAGAAAGGGACCGGAUGAUUCAAAUUUAUUUCCCAAAAGAAGGUGGUAGAAUUUUAACACCAGUAAUUUUCAAGGAAGAAAAUCUUCAGACCAUGUACAGCCAGGACCGGCAUGUUGAUGUCCUCAAUCUCUGCGUUGCCCAGUUUGAGCCAGAUUCUGCUGAGUAUAUCAAAAUUCAUCAUCAGACCUACAAAGAUAUAGAUAAAUAUGGAAAGUAUGACCUUUUACGUUCAACAAGACACUUCGGUGGAAUGGCUUGGUAUUUUGUAAAUAAGAAAAAGAUUGAUGGUUUACUGAUUGACCAGAUUCAGAGAGAUUUAGUCGAUGAUGCCACCAGCUUGGUCCAGCUCUAUCACAUCCUCCAUCCAGAUGGCCAGUCAGCUCAAGAGGCCAAAGAGCAGGCUGCUGAGGGAUUACAUUUAGUUAAGGUCUUUGCAGAAACAGAAGCACAGAAGGGAGCAUAUAUAGAAUUAACACUGCAAGCUUAUCAAGAAGCAUUCAUUAGCAAUUCUGCAGCUUCCUAAGAUAUUUUUUAAAUAAAUUUCAUUUUACUAAAAAA